UAUUUCUUUCCUCCUCAGGUGUGGGCGUCCGUGCACGGCCGCCGCCAUGGCAUCCCUAUCGACGGCUUGAGUGGGUGGCAGGGGUGGCAGGACGGGGUGGAGGUGUGCUUGAAUAACAAGUUUACCGGCAUGGUCACCGGGCUCACCCUUUUGACGGGGAAGGAGGCGGAGGAGGAAGAGGAAGGGGGAGGGAAUCGAAUUCCUGCUGACUGUUUUGCUUUAGUGGCCCGGAACCUCCUCACUCACCCCCUGGACGACUCUUGGUAUGAUUAUCACUUUUCCCUGACAUUGGAAGAAGAGCUGCCGGAGGACCCCUGCUUGUCGACCCCCCCACGGACGGUGAUGCUCCAGGGGCCUGGAGGCUACCAGGAGUUUCUGCUUCUGUGUCGAAGCCUUGGAGGAGACCUUCCGACGGAAGCGGCGUUGGUUGAGGCGCACAACUGCUCCACAGGGAAGUAUUUGACCUGGGCGAGUAGUACUGAAGAAAUGGAUCCUGGCCCCGCUGCCCUCUGCCCCGUGCUGCUAGCGGGCGGCGGGGCGGGGCAGCGGGCGUGCCUCAGGGAGCUGGACUGUGUGCUCUGCCUGGUUCCUGAAGGCCUGAAGUACACCCUCUUCGGCCACAUCACAGUCUUUGACCGCCACUACACCCUCAGGACGCUGCCGGACGGGACAUUUUACUUCCAAGGGAAGAUAACGAGCUCCAUCUACCAGGGGGCGUUGGGGUGGACGCUGAGCUCAAGACUACACAGCGAAGAGCUCCACCAGGGGUCGUGGGUGAUGGGCCGCCGUCGCUGGCACCACACAGGUCUGGCUGACUUCAUAGACAAUUCCAAGGACUCUGAUACAGAAUCUACCUCAAAGCUCCUCACCUUCACACACUGUAACGCCCUCUAUUUCUCCUCUGACAACGGCAUGUGUCUGUUACGUAGAGAAAUGUGUGACCAACGGACAGGGUCCCCAGACGGGAGUGUUCAAAGGUACUGCGACAAACCGUAUUUAAUUAAAGCUAAAAACUACGAUACACAAGUCGCCCCUUUCCACGAGUACGACCAACAGAGCUACAUUUCCAGCGAGGUACUACAAGUUAAGACGAUUGACAAGAUAACCACUGUGGAAGGAAAGGCCAGCAUGGAGUUCGUAAUGCUUUUUGAAUGGCAAGAUUCACGUGUUGAACUCACAGAAUUUGAGGGAUUCAGGAAGUUCCCGUGUGAGGAGAUCUGGACACCUGCCCCUAUGUUCUUCGCGGGGCACACCGUUGGACCACCCGCUCCCCCUCGCGACAACAAAAGCAACUGUUAUUUCAUGAAACUUGAGAACAAGGUGGAGAUGCAACUUGAAGAUCCACUGAUGGGUGCGUGUGGGUGUGCAAGUG